AUGAAAAUCACCGGAAAACCACAUUCUACGGCCAAAUCAGAAUUAUUAGAUCUUAAGCCUCGAAGAAAAACCCGGAAUCCGAGCCUGAUCCGAUUGAAGAGGCCACCCGAGACACCUUUGUUGAAAUGGAAGAUCCAAGAAGAUAGACAUAAUAAUAAUAAUAAUAGGAAUGUAGGCGUUGAAGAGGAGGAGGAUGGUGGUCGACCCCGCAGUUGCAGCUGGAGAGGUCGGGUCUCGGCGAGGAAGCUUGCUGCUGGAUUAUGGCGGUUGCAGCUGCCCGGUUCUGUCCUUGAACAAAGAAGGAGAGACCAGUUAGGGUUUCAGCCUGGUAUAGGCCAUGUAGGUAUCUCAGUUGUACGUCAUCACCAUGGAAAAGUUUAUGUUUCUGAAGCAGCAAAGGAUCCUCUGGAGAGUCCUAGUUCUACCUCUGGUGCAAGGAACAGAUUCUUGUGCAAGCUUGAGCCUUCAUUUCAGUUUUCCAACUCUGCUAUGGAGGGCGCAACUAAGUGGGACCCCAUAUGCUUCGGAAGAUCAGAUGAGGUACGCCAAUCCUAUAGCCACUUGAAGUGUCUUGAUCAACAAGUGAGUGCUGUCUCUGCGGUUUCUGCACUUGAAGCUGAACUAGGGCAGGCUCGAGCACGCAUUCAGGAGCUUGAGACUGAGCUGGAGCACUUCUUGAAGAAAGUAAGCGAGGAAAGGGCUGCAUGGAGGAGUAGAGAGCACGAGAAAAUUCGUGCAUUUAUAGACGACAUUAAAGCUGACUUGACUCGUGAAAGGAAAAAUCGUCAAAGGUUGGAAAUUGUAAAUUCCAAGCUGGUUAAUGAUCUAGCUGAUGCAAAAGUAUCAGCAAAGCGAUAUAUGCAGGACUAUGAAAAGGAAAGAAAGGCAAGAGAAUUGAUCGAGGAAGUAUGCGACGAGCUUGCUAAGGAAAUUGGUGAAGACAAGGCUGAAGUUGAAGCAUUAAAGAGAGAGUCCAUGAAACUCAGAGAGGAAGUUGAUGAGGAAAGGAAGAUGUUGCAGAUGGCUGAGGUCUGGCGUGAAGAACGUGUUCAAAUGAAGCUAGUUGAUGCAAAGGUGGCACUCGAAGAAAAGUAUUCCCACAUGAACAAUCUCAUUGCUGAUUUAGAAACUUUUCUAAGGUUAAGAAGUGCAGCCCAAGGAUUGAAGGGGAUGAAAGAAGCUGAAUCUCUCGUACAAGCUGCUGCCUCAGUGCACAUUCAGGAUGUAAAGGAAUUCACAUAUGAGCCCCCUAACCCAGAUGAUAUCUUUUCUAUUUUUGAAGAUGUCAACUUUGGCGAAAUCAAUGAUAGGGAGAUUGAAACAUGCAUUGCUUACAGUCCUGCCAGCCAUGGAGCAAAAAUUUACACACUGAGCCCUGAAGUCGAUGUGAUUAACAAGGAUGACAGCCAUGGACAUUCCAAAGCCUUUGUUCAUCAGGAUGGUGAUAUAGAGGAAGAUGAGAGCGGGUGGGAAACUGUGAGUCAUCUUGAAGAUCAGGGCUCGAGUUACUCACCAGAUGGCAGCAUCCUAUCAGUCAACAAGAAUUGCCGGCAAAGUAAUGUCUCAGGGAGUGCAACUGAAUGGGAAGAAAAUGCAUGUGAUGAAACCCCAAUUGCUGAUAUCAGUGAACUGUGCUCUGUGCCAACAAGACAGUUGAAGGUGUCAUCUACUGCUAGGUUUUGGAGAUCAUGUCCAAACAAUGGGGAUAGCUACAAAAUAAUCUCAGUGGAUGGGUUCAAUGGUAGGCUUUCAAAUGGAAGAAAAUCUAAUCCUGGCAUGAUAUCUCCAGAUCAGGUGUCGGGUAACAGUGGACUCAGCCCCCCAGAUUUGGCAGGGCAGUGGAGUUCACCUGACUCGGCGAAUCCUCACAUAAGUCGUGGAAUGAAAGGGUGCAUUGAUUGGCCUCGAGGACAGAAGAACAGUUUGAAGGCAAAGCUCUUAGAGGCAAGGAUGGAAAGUCAGAGAGUCCAACUGCGCCAUGGACCAUCGAGAGUUUUGUUUGCUAUUAAGGAAGAGGAUGGGGAGGAGCUGGAGGCUGUUGCUAAUGAUGCGGUUGUCGAUGUUGAGGUUGACGGUGUAACGACGCCGUUACGGACACAAUAUGCAUCUCCUCGGUAUUAUUAUAUUCCUUCACCUUCUCCUUCUCGUGAUGGAAAUCGAUCACGCAAGAAUUCAAAGAGCGAAAAUAAAGACAAUGUCGUUUUAGGUGAUUCUAGUGAGAAUACGAUGUCCUUUGUUUCUAUAGAAAUUCAUAGUUAG